AUGUUCUUCCAAGACGGUCUAACCGGCUCUGCAUGGGGUGAUUGGGCACUCUACACGGCUUCGCCGCUGCGCGCCGAGGCAGAAGAGGAGGCCCCCAAGCCACCGCCUUUCGAUCCUGCCAAGCAGGUCGGAGCUAUGGCGCCGCUUGGUUUCUUCGACCCCGCAGGCUUCAGCAAGGUGGGAGACAAGGAUGGCUUUCAGAGUCUUCGUGCUGCUGAAAUCAAGCACGGCAGAGUUGCGAUGAUGGCUGCAUUGGGAGCCGUCUUGCUGACCUCAUUGGCUUCGGCUGUUUGUUUCCUUGAGCCGGGGCGCUUGAAGGUCUUGUGUUCGGAUGUCCGACUUUCGUGGCUUACCAGGAAGACAGCUGCAUGA